AUGUCAUCUGUUUUGUUGACGUGCUAUUUAUUUUUAAAAACAGAGAUUUUUUUAAAAACAACUUGAAUUUACAGAAAAACUAAUUUAGGUUUAAUAAAAAUGGUGUCUGAUUUCGACGACUCCUUUGAAAAUGAUAUAACAACGAGAGCUAGCAACACUGAAAGUUCCGCGAAACUUGCAAAAGAUGAAUCAGCCUCCGUAUUCAGUUUAAAAUAUUACCAAAGGUUUUUCGAUGUGGAUGCAAAAAUUGUCAUCGAACGAAUAACACACAUGAUGUAUGCUCCAAAGAGUAUCGGAAGUGGUUACCUUGAGACUAAAAUCAAUAAAAACCCAGAUUUUUAUGGGCCCUUUUGGAUAGUGGUUACUCUUAUUUUUGCAAUUGGUGUCUCUGGAAACGUCGCAGAUUUUUUUCAUCAUAUGGACGAGCACAAUGGACGAGCAUGGCAUUACAAUUUCCAUUUGCUUGGUGUAGCCGCAUCCAUAAUAAUUUCAUAUGUGAUUCUUGUGCCGGUUCUUUUGUGGGGCAUCAUUCAAUGGAGCUCCAAGAGACAAGAAGUGGUAAAUGAAACAGAUCUAACAGAUGAUAUGGAAGUUGGUUCGGAAUCUGCUACUUUAAUUGCUCUCAUAUGUGUCUAUGGAUAUUCCCUUGCUAUUUACAUUCCGGUCUCAAUUUUGUGGACUAUUCAAAUCUCGUUGUUCCAAUACGUGAUAAUGAUAACAGCGGCGGUAUCUAGUGGACUUGCAUUGAUUGCCGUUUUGCGACCGAGCCUUACAUCGUCAAUCUACGGCUUUGGGUUGACAAUUGCCGUCGGAAUUUUGCAUUUUUUGCUAGCUGCCGGAUUAAUGAUGUACUUUUUCCACGGAGGAGCAAGUGAUGUGGUCGAACCAACAGUACCACCCAAAAGCGGAUAAAAUUGCUUUUAAAAAUAACUUUAUUGUACUAAUUAAAUACAUUCAUAUCUUAAAUUUCAUUUGU